AUGGUACUGCUGGAACUCGUUAGUGGAAGGAAAAACUGCUCGCUACAGCGAGUGCAACAAAGCCAUAGCGUAGAUGGUGGCAAUAAUACUGGUAGUAGUACAUCAGCUUCAUCCAGUUCAGGAGUUGUUUAUUUUCCGAUGUAUGCGCUGGAUAUGCAUGAACAGGGCAGGUACUUGGAGCUUGCUGACCCAAGACUCGAGGGUCGUGUAACAAGUGAAGAGGUCCAAAAGUUGGUUUGUAUUGCUUUAUGUUGCAUUCAUGAAGAACCGUCAUUUAGACCAACCAUGGUGACUAUUGUUGGAAUGCUUGAAGGGAGGAUUGAAUUUGAUCAUCCUCGAUUAGAAUCUUUGAAUUUCUUACGAUUUUAUGGACGUUGCUUUUCUGAACCUUCCAUCAUUGGAGAUGAUGGACAACAGAUGAAUUAUUAUUGA